AUGGAAGGCUCACCUGGGCUAGAGGGUUAUGGGCAGGAGCGUCAGUUCAUUUGUUCCCAGGUGUGUCCCAUUAAUUCCCCUGUACUUAAGCCCUGUGUUUCCUUGUCUCCAGCGUCAGAUUCCCAGCAGUUCACUCUGGAUCUGAACACAGUGAAUAAACUCCUCCGUCUGUCUAAGAGAAACAGAGUGAUUACAUUCACUGGCACAGUUCAGACUUAUCCUGAUCAUCCAGACAGAUUUGAUGAGUAUCAUCAGGCAGCAGUGAAGGAAAGCGAGAUGAUCUUUUCUGAUCUGAUUCGCUCCAUUAAGAAAAACCGCUCUGACGUGACACGGCUGAUCAGAGAUCAGGAAAGGGCUGUGGUGAGUCAAACUGAAGGACUCUUGGAGCGAUUGGAGCAGGAGAUUGCUGAUCUGAGGAGGAAAAACGCUGAGCUGGAGCAACUUAAACACACAGAUGAUCACAUCCAUUUCCUGAAGGGAUUUCAGUAUCUGUCUGCACCUCUUGAACCUACAGAGAGAAUUACUGUCACAUCACCUCUCUCUGUUAAUGAUGUAAGACAAUCUAUCUGUCAACUGAGAGAGAAAAUAGAGAAGUUCUGUAAAGAGGAAAUCAAAAGGAUUUCUGUUAAACACAUCAACAUUGUUCUGAGAACCAGAAAGGACUUCCUACAACAUUCUCAUCAGUUCACAUUUGAUCCAAACACUGUAAAUAAACACAUUCAUCUGUCGGAGAGGAACAGAUUGGCUACAUACACCGACACAGUCCAGCGGUAUCCUGAUCAUCCGGACAGAUUUGAUGUUUAUUAUCAGGUGCUGUGUGGAGAGAGUGUGCAUGGAUGCUGUUACUGGGAAGUGGAGUGUAACGGUGAUGUGGGUAUAUCAGUGUCAUAUAAACACAUCAGUCGCAAGGGAACGGAUACUAAGUGCUUGUUUGGAUAUAAUGAUCAGUCCUGGAGUCUGGACUGCUCUUCCUCCAGUUACUCAUUCAGACACAAUAACAUACAGACUCGUCUCCCUAUAAAGUCCAUCAGCAGGAGAAUAGGAGUGUUUGUGGAUCACAGUGCAGGAACUCUGUCCUUCUACAGCGUCUCUGACACAAUGAGCCUCAUCCACACAGUCCGGACCACAUUCACUCAGCCGCUCUAUCCUGGGUUUAAUGUUGGUUUAGGAUCAUCAGUGAAACUUGAUUAAUCAGAAUAGACUGA